CCCACCAACUCACGCACUUCUGAGACAAGUGUUAGUCGCCAACACUUACAUUAACUAAAAGUGUGAUUUGUUGUUUUUUUAUCAAUAUAUUACCGACUUAAUGUGUCAGUGAUAUUGUUGAUGCGUUUCUAACACUUGAAAUAAAUAUUGAAAAGAAACUUAAAGCUUCUUGUUGGUAAUGAGCGAUGCCACACUUGGAUCAGAGCAUGAUGGAGGGUCUGCUUUUGUUUACGUAAACAAGUGGUGUGACAAAAUGAACUUAUGAUGGAGUCAGUGUAGUGUGGGUGUGCCGUUACGUGCCGCGUCCCCCCAGCCCAUGCAGGAGCGGCCUCCCCUCUCCCAGUUCAUCUCGUCCCUCACCAGGAUGAACUGUAAAGGUCUCUCCUCCCGCGGCAAAACGGACAGCCUGGCUCGGGGCGGCCCUGAGGGCGACCCGCCCCUAGCCAACCUCCCGUCCUAUGCCAGGGCCGAGCCCUACCCGACCGCACACAGCAGUUCGCCUUCCCCCAGGGUGAUUGAGGAGGGUCAGUACUUCUCCCUGGGGGGAGUACCCUCUCCACGGACCGGAGGUCUACCCAGCUUCGCCACCGGCGUCGACGACAUGUUCCUCAAUGGGCAUCUGAUGACCAGCGUUCGACCCAUGCAACUGCCGUCGCUGCCUCACGUGGCCACGCUGGGGUCCCGGGACCAGCAGGAAUAUGAGAGUGUGGAGGCCGCCUCCCUGUACAGCUACGGCACUCUGGGGGGCCGUGGGGACGCCACCGCCAGGAGCAGGUCACUGGAGGACGUCCUGGGCCGGCACUCUGAGGCCGGGUCCAGGUCCCCCAAGCUGCUGGAGGUGAUCAUGCCGCCGUCCCCGAGGUUCUCUGCCGCCGAUAUCGAAGCUGAGGACGACGACGAGGAAGACAUCAAGGCGAUGAGGAGUGAAGACGACGGCAACGACGCCGGGGACGAGGACACCAGUUUCGAGGAGGAACUCUGCUUCCCCGACGACUAUGUCUACGGCUUCUACGACGAGAGCCUCACCAUCCUCUCAGGAGAGUCUCAGAGCCUCACCAUCAGCACCAGGAGAGUCUCAGAGCCUCACCAUCAGCACCAGGAGAAUCUCAGGGCCUCACCAUCAUCACCAGGAGAGUCUCAGAGCCUCACCAUCAUCACCAGGAGAGUCUCAGAGCCUCACUUUCAGCACCAGGAGAGUCUCAGAGCCUCACCUUCAGCACCAGGAGAGUCUCAAGACUCACUAUCAGCACCAGGAGAGUCUCAAGCCUCACCAUCAGCACCAGGAGAGUCUCAGGCCUCACCAUCCACCAGGAGAGUCUCAGAGCCUCGCCAUCAGCACCAGGAGAGUCUCAGGGCCUCUGCAUCCUUUGCAGGAGGUCUCAGAGCCUCACCUCAGCACCAGGAGGUCUCAGAGCCUCUGCAUCAGCACCAGGAGAGUCUCAGAGCCUCGCCAUCAGCACCAGGAGGUCCAGAGCCUCACUAUCAGCAUCAGGAGGUCUCAGAGCCUCACCCAGGGCCUAAGACGCGCCAUAGGGAAGAGUGUUUACUAUGA